AUGGCCCUGGCCGCGGAGCGCUUGAGGUGCCCCUCAAAGUGGAGCGACACUCGACGGCCUCCUCAAGAUAUCUACACUGGCCCUGGAGUACCCCAUGUGAGCGUGACCCUUCUGUACAAGGGCCACUACGACAUCAUCUACCCAUGCGCUCCUUGUGUUGAGGGUUCAAGCCAAGUGACUUCCCAAAGAGAACAUCCUGCUGAUUAG